AUGCUGUUUAGCAAAUUUGUCUGUCUGAGAGCUGGCAUCGUCACAGCUCUUGCUGUGGUGCUUCUAAUAAAUGUCGCCAUCUUCAGCAGAUCCGAACCAGACUACUACACUAACGCCUCGGAUGGCGGACUCGAGAAAAGCUUGGAUGCCUUGACUUCCACAGAAUACACCGAGCUGCUUCGGAAGGGCUUGCUAGAAGCCAACAAGGAGAUGGUGCUAGAUCUGAUCAAGCAGGACUUGUACAGAGCAAAUCGGGAGCAGUUCAUUGCUGACUUGCGUAAGGAGGUCAAGGGUAAGUAUGAAGAGAACUUCAUCGAGGAGCUCCAAAGAAAGCUCAACGACCAGUUCACAAACUCCUUUUAUACCUUGAAAGAAAAAGACUACGGUCUUCUCCAGGGCAUGGAGAGGAAGUUCUACGAGGAAAACAAGGAGAGCCUCAAAAACUUCGAGAUCUUCUCGGCUGUCGACCAGGUACUUGCCUCUGAUGCUUCUCCGAAUCUUAAGGAGAAGGUUCGUGAGCAGUUGGACAAGACCAUGUCUCGAAAAGACUACUUCCGGUUUGUUUUGGAGGACUUGAUUGUGCAAAACGGGCCCUCCAUGGCUCCUUUGAGCAAAGCUGAGAGAGGCAAUGAUUUGAAGGGCUGUGCUUUCGUCGUCAAUCCCGUCAUCUACGACGAAAAGAAGUUGGACAUUGUCCAGUUCAGCAAAGAGCGUUUCCUGGACUUCCAGAAGAACCACGACAAUAUCGUGCUGCAACUCCGCUUGAUGAAUACUCCUCCCCACCAGAUUUUCAGCGGAGACGGUAUUGUUCUCAGUGCCGGUGGUGCCUAUUUUGCUGGUGCCAUGGUCGCCAUUGCUCAAAUCAGAGAAACCGGAUCCAAGCUCCCGAUUGAGGUGAUGAUCAACACCGAGGACGAAUACGACGAGAACCUUUGCAACACCUUGCAAUCCACCUUCAACGCACGCUGUGUAAUUAUAGAGAAGGAGAUAGGAAAGGACAUGUUGACUAAGCUCAAUCUCACGAAAUUCCAGCUCAAGAUUCUUGGUCUUUUGGUCACUUCUUUUGAAAAUGUCAUUGCUUUGGACGCAGACAACAUGCCUUUGAUGAACCCAGACAAAUUGAUCCUGUCGCCAGAAUACCUCAAAACAAAGUUUCUCCUUUGGCCUGAUCUCUGGCAGCGUACCGUCUCACCAACAUACUACGACAUUGCCAGACUAGACCCGGGCAUGCCAGUCAGAAGACAUGGUAUUCCAAACAGCGAGGACGCCAGGGACUACUUCGCUAGAGAUCCUACCAUUGUGCAUCUUCACGAUCGUGAAGGCAUUCCCAAUGCCAUCUCCACCGAAACGGGCCAGAUGGUCUUCAACAAGAGGGAGCAUUUCAGAUCUCUCUACUUGUCUCUUUACUACAACGUCUACGGCUCUACCCAUUACUGGAGAAUGUUUUACCAGGGAAGUCCUGGUGACGGUGACAGAGACACGUUUGUUCCUGCCCUCCAUGUCUUUGACGAACCCUACCAUGUUGUUGAAAGAGCGACCUGGUUGGCUGGCUUCCAUGAAAAAAGCGGUCGGUUCCAAGAAACAACCAUCGUCCAAUACGACCCCACCACAUCUGCUGGUUUUGUCCGCCAAUGGAAGAGAUUUUUGGCCGCCCGUGGGCUCGAUACCAGGCUUGCUUUUGAUCAGAACAAUGAUCACACAAAGAACCUUCUCAAGCAGUUCCAGAAAGAACUAGGAGAAGCCAUGCCUGCCUUACCUGAGGUCAUGUUCCUCCAUGUCCACAGACCAAAGAUCAACCCUAUUUUGGAAACCGAUCCAAAGGGCUAUUUCAACUGUUUUGAGCAAAGAAACUUGGGCAAGCCGGGUGUCUACAGUGAUCACUACGGAGCUACAGACUGGGAACUCCGGUUCAAUUUAAUUUCUCGCUGGGCCGCUUGCAAGGGUCUAGGAAGUCCAGGUUGGUGGAAAUCGGUCGACCGUGACCAGACUGAGGUUUGUCAAAAAGUGUCCGACUACGUGAAGUUCUUGGAGAAAGACUCCAAGGAUCCCAAGGCGCAUAAGUUCGAGCAUAUCGAGAUUGAUUUCUAG